AUGUCUGAUAAAACUAAAAAAGUAAAGGUUACGAUUGAAACUUCACCAGAGUUUUUAGACAAAAUAAUGGAUGCUAUUAAUUCAGUAAAAUCAAAUUCCGUUAUUAGAAUAAUCGAAACAGACAUUAAUCUAAUGAAAGAGUUUUUAGAAAAAAUUCAAACAAUAUUUGAUGAAAAUUUUAAAAUCCUUUCACAAGAAGUGAACGUUCGAAAUCCAGAACUUAAAGGUUAUAAAUACAAUCCAGGUAUAAAAGUCCAUGAAAUUGAUCCGGCUAUGAUAAAAGAUCCUGCUUUGGGCAGUGAAACAGAUAGCCGAGGUAAAUUAAAGAAAGUAGUAAAAAGAAUAAUUAAAGAUGGAGUAGAAAUUGCGUGUAAAAAAAUUGAAAUCCCCACUGAAAAAGCAGCUAGCGAAGAAUACCAAAAGAACAUUGGAAAUAAAUAUUUAGACCUCCUUAACUGGAUGGCUCCAGAAAAGAUGCAAAAAUACAAAAUAAGCGUAAGUGGAAAAUCUCCAAAAACAGAUUCUGAAUUAUUCCCAUAUACACAAAAAUGUGAAAUAUUUAGCUUUGGAAUGUUGUUAUGGGAAUUGACUUAUCAAUCGAUUCCUUACAAAGAUGAUAGUAUGCAAAGCAUCAUCGAAAAUGUCAUUGCUGGCAAAAGAGAAAAAUGCAAAAUUGACCCAGAUUUAGAUUCGGAAAAUGAUUUGAUUCAAAAAAAUCUCAUAGUUAUCAUUGAAAAAGAUGUAAGAACGAGUCUUGAACAACUUUAUAUAGACAUAUCAAAUUUGUCUAAAAAAGUCAUUCCGGGUAAAGAUCCUGCCCUUUUAACCAUAAACCAACCUGAUGGCUCUCAUGAGGAUGAAGAAUCAGAAUUCAAUGAUCUUUAUAUCACUGAUUAUUCAGUAAAACGGAAAUUAAAACGGAAAUUAAAACGAAAAGUAAAACGAAAAGUGGAACGAAAAGAAAUAAAAACAAGUGAAAACGAUAA